UGAGAAGAAGAUAAAUCUGCAUUCUACCGCUGCCUCUCAUCAGAGACAGUUGGAGCUACAGAGAGGAGAAGCAGCAUCACUGGCUGGAGACUCAGCAUCAUAGCAACAAAAGAGAGUAAGAGAAAAGGAAUCAACUGGACUCAACAAAGACAAAGCUAUGCGACCGCGGUCCAGACUGCUGUCCAAGAGAAGACUCCUGCUGCCCACAAUCAGAGAGGGCACCGAGGAGACGUUGAGGGAUUUGAAUGAGGCCAACACACUCCACAUCGCUGGCCACGGCCCGGCUGUCUCCUCUGAAGACUACCUCCUAUCCAUCUGCCACCUGGCCCACCCUACCUUCCCCAGCAGGGGCGCUUCCCCCGACAACAUCCACACACGACAGCUGGACGCCGUGCAGCAAAGGUUGCGGCUGUCACGGCUCAGUGGGACCCCAUCGACCGCUUUUGGAUUCAGCCUUACAGAGGAGGCCCAUGCCAUCAAUAUGGAGCAGGGAGAGGAGAAAGGACUGAAUGGUGAGCUGAUGUUUGGUAACUUUGACCCCCUAGAGUAUCUUUAUGGCCACCAGAACAACCUCUCGGGAGGUGUGAGGAGAGCAUUUGUUGAGGGAAGGUUUACAAGGCAACAUGGGAGGGAGGGCCAGGCUUGCUCCAGAGCUUACAGCUUCCCCAUGACUUCAAGUCCAGACCUUCCGCACCAAUGCAAGAGCAGCUGCCCUGACUUACACAGCACUAUUUCAAAUAUCUCACCAAAGCACAGCUUCUCUAGGUUGGAGGCCAGGAAAGGGACCACAUCAGACAGAGGAGCAGAGGCGGAGAGACAAAAUCCAACCACCAGACAAUCCCUUAUCUCCCAAUGGAUCUCUGACUGCAGGUCGGCGUGGAGGGAAGCGCGUGUGCGUGCCUGCAUGCUGCCCGCCAUUGCAGAGAUAUAGGGCACCAACAUUGUGACAGUAAACAUUCCUCAAUAGUAAAAGUAUCCUUAUCUUUUUUGUAAGUGCAUGAGACAUUAACUGAAGGAGAUAUUUAGAUGUGUACUGUAUUAUGGAGAUAUAUUGAAAGGAUACGAUUAAAUACACAUUCAAAAACAUACAGACGCAGGUGGAUAUUGUCAUUAUUGUCCUUCUGUAAUGUUAUCUCAGUGUUGUCAUAUGCAGUUGUGACCUUCACUUGUAUGUAUGCUGGUGGUCAUGCAAAGUCAUAAAAAUGGACAAAUCUGCAAAAUGCUUUUUUUACCUAACAGUGUUUUUGUGACAUAAUCUGAAUCAGUAAAAAUAUUUUGAUAAUCU